AAUACACGGAGAGAGAGAGAGAGACAGUGGCGGAUAGCGAACGGAAAACGGGAACGAGCUGGAGCUGCGAGCAUGGCGGUCGAAGAGGAAGGUCUUCGGGUUUUCCAGAGUGUCAAAAUAAAAAUCGGGCAUUAUGGGUGUUUGCUGUGAAUAAUGGUGUCACGGUUAGUAGACUUGGCCAAUGUGUCGACGGAAGGAAAUGGAAGCUCCCUGUUCGCUGCGGUACAUAAAUGGAGUUCUGCUCCGGGUUUCCUGACGGAGCUCGUGUGUCUAGAGGAAACGCUGUCGGGCUUUUAGGGGUCAGGAGCUUCUGGUUGGGGGAGCGACGAGGAAACAGGAAACUGCUUCAAAUCACUUCCUGAUUUGGCUGGACGAUCUGCAAAGCUGCUUGUUUUUUUUGUUUUUUUUCCAUAUUCCUGGGAAGCAGCGGGAUAAUGCAAACCAGAUGGAGGUUCACUUGGACUGUCGGUGAAGAAUCAUGAAUUUGUGUCGUUUUUUCCUUCUUUUCACUCACACCUCAAAUCAACACUGAGUCUGUUUACUCUCAUGAUCAUGAUCAUAUUAUGAAUGAUUUAUCGGUGAUGUCAGUAAUCUAAUCAUGCAUGUGGUUAAUGCUGUUAACUAGUAGUCAACUGUCUUGUUAUUUAGGCACUCUUGUCAGUAGUUCAGCUGGUUAAUGUGAUGAAGGUUGCUAGUAAACCAGGACAGGCGUGUGGUUUGUGGUGUUGAAGGAGGAGUGCGGUCGGUCGGUCAAGCAGUGGUUUGCAGACUUUGAUUUGCACCGCCCUCGGAUGAAGAAACCAUCCCAGUGCUCCGUCUGAAGGAGGUCAGGGGUGAAGCCAAGAACAUCCCUCCGUAUCCGGGUCCGAAUAAAAUGCGGGAUUGUUACUGUACAGUGAACCUGGACCAGGAGGAAGUUUUCCGAACCAAAACCAUAGAGAAGUCUUUGUGUCCGUUCUACGGCGAGGACUUUUAUUGUGAAAUCCCGCGCAGUUUCCGCCAUCUCUCCUUCUACAUCUUUGACAGAGACGUGUUCAGGAGGGAUUCCAGCAUCGGUAAAGUGGCCGUGAAGAAGGAAGACCUGCAGAAAUACCAUGGUAAAGACCACUGGUUCCCGCUGCAGUCCGUCUGCGCAGACUCUGAGGUGCAGGGAAAGGUUCACCUGGAGCUGCGUCUCAGUGAGGUCAUCACAGACAGCGGCGUCGUCUGCCACAAGCUGGCAACACGGGUUCUGGAGUGUCAGGAUCUGCCGAUCGUGAAUGGCCAGUGUGAUCCGUACGCAGCCGUGUCGUUACUGGGCCCCUCCAGGUCAGAGGCCAAGAAGACGAAGGUCAAGCGGAAAACCAACAAUCCUCAGUUUGACGAGGUCUUCUUCUUUGAGGUGACCAAACCGCUGAGCUACACCAAACGACAGUUCGACGUGGAGGAGGACGACGUGGACAAGCUGGCGCUCAAGGUGGAUCUGUGGAACGCCAGCAAUCUGAAGUUCGGAGACGAGUUUCUGGGAGAGGUACGGGUGCAGCUGAAGGUGCUGGGACAGUCGGGUGUUCAUGACGCAUGGUACUUCCUGCAGCCCAGAGAUAAUGGCCAUAAAUCGGUGAAGGCUGAUGAGCUGGGCUCGUUACGGCUCAACAUCGUUUACACGGAGGACCACGUGUUCCCCACGGAGCAUUAUAACCCGCUCCGUGACCUGCUGCUGCACUCCGCGCACGUCGAGGUCAGUGAGGUCAAGGCAAAGCCCGUCUCGGCGUCGGCGGCUCACAUCUUGGGCGAGGCGUGCCGUGAGAAGCAGGAGGCGGCCGUCCCGCUGGUGCGACUCUUCCUGCACUACGGCAAGAUCGUGCCUUUCCUCAGUGCCAUCGCACACGCAGAGAUCAACCGCACACAGGAUCCCAACACUAUAUUCCGGGGAAACUCGCUCACGUCGAAAUGCAUCGAUGAGACCAUGAAGCUGGCGGGGAUGCAUUACCUGCGGGUCACGCUCAAGCCCAUCAUUGAUGAGAUCUGCGGCGACCACAAACCGUGCGAGAUCGACCCCGUCAAGCUGAAGGAGUCGGAGAACUUGGACACAAACAGGGAAAACCUGCGUCAGUACGUCGACCGGAUCUUCAACGCCAUCACCAGCUCGGGUGUCAGCUGCCCGACGGUCAUGUGUGACAUCUUCUUCUCGCUGCGAGAGUCUGCGGCGUCACGCUUUCAAGUCGAUCCGGACGUGCGGUACACGGCCGUCAGUAGUUUCAUCUUCCUCCGCUUCUUUGCUCCUGCCAUCCUGUCACCGAGCCUCUUCCACCUGCGGCCGCAUCACCCGGAUCCGUGCACAUCUCGGACGCUGACGCUCAUUUCCAAAACCAUCCAAACUCUGGGAAGCCUGGCCAAGUCCAAAUCUGCCAAUUUCAAAGAGUCCUACAUGGCCGCAUUCUACGACUACUUCAAUGAACAAAAGUACGCUGACGCAGUGAAGAACUUCCUGGAUCUGAUAUCGUCCUCGGCUCGCUGGGACCAGAAGAGCAUCGAGACGCCCAUCAUGCUGAAGGAAGGGUUCAUGAUCAAACGAGCUCAAGGGCGAAACCGCUUCGGUCUGAAGAACUUCAAGAAGAGAUGGUUCCGCCUCACGAACCACGAGUUCACCUACCAUAAAACCAAAGGUAACGCAAAAGGAGAGGGCGCUCUGUGCAGCAUCCCUAUAGAAAACAUCCUGGCUGUGGAGAGACUAGAGGAAGAGUCCUUCAAAAUGAAGAACAUGUUCCAGGUCAUCCAGCCAGAGAGGGCGCUCUACAUCCAAGCCAAUAACUGCGUGGAGGCCCGCGACUGGAUCGACAUCCUGACCAAGGUCAGUCAGUGUAACCGCAAGCGUCUGAGCACGUACCACCCGUCGGCCUACCUCAACGGACACUGGCUCUGCUGCAAGCUGUCUGCGGACGCGGCGCCCGGCUGUACGCCCUGCACGGGGGGACUUCCUGCCAACAUCCAGCUGGACGUGGAUGGAGACCGAGAGACGGAGAGGAUCUACUCGCUCUACAGCACCUACAUGUCCAAACUCGUGAAGAUGCAGGAGGCGUGUGGCAGUAAGUCAGUGUACGACGGCCCGGAGCAGGAGGAAUACUCCACGUUUGUGAUCGACGACCCGCAGGAGACGUACAAAACCCUGAGACUCGUCAUCUCAGCCGUACAGACACUGGAGCAGCAGCACAUGCAGUACAAACGCGACAAGUUCAGGAAAACCAAGUAUGGAAGCCAGGAACAUCCAAUCGGCGAUCAGAGCUUCCAGUGCUACAUCCGGCAGCAGUCAGAAAGCUCCACCUACUCCAUCUGACCACGCCCACUGCAAGGUCUCCACGGCAACAGUUGUGAUUGACAGGAAGGCGGCCACAGACGAAAGCUAAAACUGGUGUUUUUAUACGAUAACCAACCGACAGCUUCCUCUGAACGGCGUCGGCCGCGCACUUUAUGCGUCGCGCGCUCCGGUGGACGAUGUAGCUUCGCCUCGCAGCGCGUUUUAACAUUUCCUGAUGUUUUUAAGCUAGAAGGCAGUGAGACGUCCUCUAGUUGUGGAUGUUUUCAUAAACGGAGUAUUCCAGUCGAAGUCUUCAGGACCACAAUCCUUUGCUUUCACAGGGUUUUGAGAUGUUCGGCUGAACCUGAUGUUUUUAACUGGUGUAACUAGAUGAUGAGAAAUGUUCUGCUCUGUUUCUGCCUGCACUUGCCCUCCGUUCAGACGUGUCCAGUAUUGACUCACCCUCUCGGUAGCAGCUGAAGAAGUGCUGCAUUGUGGGAAACGUGUCGUGUCGUGUGUGUCGGAGCAUGCCAGACGUCCUCAUCCCAGCAUGUGGCGUGACACUGAACGAGUUUCUCACGGUUUGUGGGUCCAGUCGUGUUCAGCGUCACAUGAACGAGAUUUUGUGUUUUUAUACUUUCUGUUGUGUCUCACGUCCUGUAGGAACGUGUUUUAAAUUGUGUGAGUGUGAGAGAGAGUGUGUGUGAGAAAAUGAAGCAAGCGUGCAUGAGUGUGUUUUAUUGAGUAAUAAUGAAUAAUAACUCCCAGUCCAUCUUUAUAGAAACUUUUGAUAUGGAUGUGAUUAUUUUGAUGCAUUUCAUGAAACCUGUCAAGAACACGUCCUGCUCAUAUUUCACCCUAAAAUCAAAACAAAAUAUAUAAAUAUAUAUAUAUUUAAGAUUAUUUGGAUAAAAGCGUCUGCUAAAUGAACUAAAUGUGAAUAUGUGUGUGUGUCUAUAUAUAUGUAUGUAUAUAUAUAUAAUAUAUAUUAGAGAUGCACCGAUACUAAAUUUCUCCACCGGUAUCGAUAGCCGAUCAUUCAGAGUGAUAUCUGCCGAUAAUUUGGGGGUUCUGCCUUUUAUACCUUCUUUUAAAUGAAUGAUAAUUUCAUUAUGAAUAAUAAUUAAUCAUUAUAUUUUGAAAGGAAUGCAAAGAAAAACUUUGUUCUCUCCAUUUCAUCAACUUGUUUCAGAGUAACUGGUAUCAGUUAUAAACAAACACAUUACUCCAAUUAAUAUUAACACAUAUUAACUAAAUUCCUGGAGAUUAAAUUGAUAUUUCUUAACUUUCUCAAUGUUAUUCAUUCAUAUAAUUAAUAUUAAUAUUGAACAUCAAACUGGUUUCUUAUCAUUUUAUUUACACAAAGCCCAAAUUCAGUGCAUUUUCUGGCCAUCUUUUGAUUGACAGGAUAAAUUAGCCCUGAUUAUCGGCUGUUUUUAAACUAUAAAAAGUGUGAAAAUUUGCUUUUCGGUCGAUACAGAUUAUUGGCCGAUAUAUUGGUGCAUCUCUAUAUAUAUAUAUAUAUAUAUAUAUAUA